AUGCAGGCAGCAGCAAGCUGCAGCAGCAGACGCAGCACGUUGGGCCCCCAGUGCCCCCCAGCAGCAGCAGCAGCACCAAGCAGCAGCAGCAGCAGCAGACUGGACGGCGAGCCUGAAGCAGCAGCAGCAGCAGCAGUAGCAGCAGCAGACGCAGCAGCAGCAGCAGGGGGCCCCCUGACGGAGACUCAGCGGCUGCUGCUGUGGUCCGCUUCCCCAGGGGCCCUAGAGCUGCAGGGGGCCCCCCAGGGCCCAAGGGGCGCCACAGGGGGCCCCCCUGGGGGCCCCCAGGGGGGCCCCCCGUGCUCCCCUUCUGAAGCGCUGCUGCACUCUUUAGGGGACAAGGGCCUCCGCAGCGAGCUGAGGGCCCCCCCCUAUUUAUCUGCUGCUGCUUGGAAGCGUUAUUUGCUGCUGCAGUGUCUUGAAGAUGCUCGUUUGCUGUUUUCUUGUGUCUGGGAUGCAUGCAGCUGCAGCAGCAUGGGGCUGCCCAGCAGCAGCAGCAGCAGCAGCAGCAGCAGCGGCGACGCAGAAGGGGAUGGGGCUCUGGAUGCUGCUAUUCACUUUGCUGCAGCAACGCAGAGCGCACGCAAGAGAAGGCUGCAGCCUGAGAAACCAGAAGCAGCAGCAGCAGAAGCAGCAGCAGCAGCAGAAGCAGCAACAGCAGCAGAAAAAUAUGCUGGCUCUCUAAUUGAUAAUACGUCCAAUAAUGACAGCUCAGCUACACAAACGAUAACAGCAGCACCAGAAGCAGCAGCAGCAGCAGCAACAGCAGCACAAACAGCAGCAGCAGCAGCGGAAGCAGCAGCAGCACCUACAGCGCGCGAGUACAUAUCGGCGACGAUGUCUUGGUCUCUGAAGCAACUCGAAGACCCCGCGCUGUUUGCUGCGUCUCCCCCCUCCUCCCCAGCAGCAGCAGCAGCAGCAGCAGCAGCAGCAGCAGCAGCAGCGCAAGCCCGGCUGUACGUACUGUACGUACUGUACGUACACCCGGGAACAGAUACAUGCGAACGGAGAAAAACAAAAAUCAAAAGAUCAAAAAAAAAGAGAAGCAAAUAA